AUGGGAAAGGCUUGUGUCAGGGCCAGCCGCCGCGACUGGAAGCAGGCUUUGGAAUGUUUCAGAAAAGUGCUGCAGCGUGCAGCUCCGCACGCCCCACAAGGAGGGCAACAGUUGAAGGUAAUCAAAGAGGUGCGCUUUGCGCUUGCGACUUGCUUUGCUGGUCUGGGACGACACCAGCAGGCGAAGAACGCUCUUAUGGGCGUAGCUGCGGCCUUGUGA